AUGAACUUUAUCGUUAUUGCUUUGUCUAGGCCUCCUUCUGGAAAUUUUAACCUAUUCUUAGAUGUUUUAGCAGGGAUCGUAGUGUGGCGUUGCUGUGAUGUUAAUGUAGGCAACACAACGCACACGUACUACUUCCUCUCGCCUACGACCUGGCGCCGACGCAGAGACCAACUGGGGACACAAGGAGGCGCGAGUACGGCAAGUACUCUCUUCUGCCGCCGACAUCGAAACGAAGAAGAUGGAGAAACCCUACCUGGUGUUAGUCAUUUCCACAUUGGUGACCCCGGAAAGAAAAUAGGAAGAGCUAGCACCAUGGAAGAAAUGCAAAAGAAACUGCAGGAACAACAAGAAAUAAUUUGCCAGUUCCAGACACAACUGGCUACCAUCUCCAACAAACAAGCCCUUGAUGAGCGAGACCCGGUGCUUUGGUUUGCACAAGUCGAAGCCCAAUUUAAUUGCGCGAGAAUCAGGUCCGACCAGACCAAGUACUGGACCGUGGUAACCGCCUUAGACUGCGCGACGCUCCAGCCGGUUGCCGAUUUGGUCGCCAACCCCCCAACAGAAGAGACAAAGUACGAAAGCAUAAAAUCCAGAUUGAUCGCCGCCUAUGCAGACACCCCCGAAAAACGACUACGGAAGCUCAUGUACGAAAUAGAGUUAGAGGACAAGCAGCCGUCACAACUACUAAGAGAAAUGGAAGCCCUAGCGGGUAAGGGGAUCAGCGGUGACGUCCUCAAGACUCUGUGGUUGCAGCGUUUACCCCCACAACUACAGAUGAUCCUCGCCGCAAAUGAUAAAGAAACGCUGGACAAAAUGGCGACCAUAGCGGACAAAUUGACCGAAAUCCACCAUACCAGCGCCAUCACAGCAAAUAUUGGUGCCCUAAAUCGCGGUACCUCCGCGCACGCCUCUCAAACCGUUACAUCGGCGCAAGAAGAUGGAAUGGCUGCCGCCAUUACGGCACUGCAGAAGCAGUUCGUAACUUUAUCGACCACAGUAAACCAACUCGCAGACGACAGAAGGCGCCAUGGGCAAGGCGAAAACUGGAAUCGCGCCAAAUUUAGGUCAAGGUCGAAUCCGCAGGACGAUAAUAUCUGCUAUUAUCACAAUCGGUUCGGAGCCGUUAAACUAGAGGCGCCGUCGACGAUUGAGGUGGUCCACGACGCAGCGCAAACACAACGCCUCUUCAUCACCGACCCAAAAUCAGGUACCCGAUAUUUAAUCGACACGGGGGCAGAAGUUUCCGUGUUACCCAAGAGAUUGUUCUCAGGCAGACAACAUCUCAGCCCAGCUGAGACAACGCUCUUCGCGGCCAACGACAGCGCGAUCAGAACAUACGGCCAAAAGCUAAUGUUCCUUGAUCUCAAGCUGAAACGUCCGUUCAAGUGGGUAUUUAUAGUGGCAGACGUAGGCAAACCCAUCAUCGGAGCAGACUUCCUGAGGCAUCACAACCUCCUACCUGAUCUCCGCAACCGACGCCUCGUAGACGCAGCCACCCUCUUAUCAACUCGCGGAACCCUGGCUAUAUGCAAGUCGCCUCAGAUCACGACAGUGGCCAAGACGACGCCAUAUCACGCACUGCUAGCGGAUUUCGCAGAAAUUACACGCCCACCGCCACCUGGAACGAAGCACAGGGGCAACGUGUUCCACCACAUCAUCACCAGAGGUCCCCCGGUCGCAGAAGCUCCUCGCAGGCUUGCACCCGAGAAGUUGAGAGUGGCGAAAGCCGAAUUCCAAUAUAUGAUGGAACAGGGCUGGUGCCGACCAUCCAAGAGCCCUUGGGCUAGUCCGCUUCACCUUGUCCCAAAGAAACUCCCUGGUGAAUGGCGUCCAUGUGGCGACUAUAGGCGCCUAAACAACGUGACAGUGCCUGACAGCUACCCCAUCCCUCAUAUACAGGACUUCACCUACAGACUCGAAGGUAAAAGUGUGUUCUCCACCAUAGACCUAGUGCGCGCAUACCAUCAAAUUCCCGUGGCUGAAGAAGACGUUCCUAAAACAGCCGUGUGCACUCCGUUCGGGCUCUUCGAGUUUACAGUUAUGACGUUCGGACUACGUAAUGCCGCACAGACUUUCCAAAGACACCUGAACUCUCUAAUAAGUGACCUUGAUUUCUGCUACGUGUAUAUAGACGACAUCUUAGUGUUCUCCCGAGAUGAAGCAGAGCACGUCGAACAUCUAAAAAUGUUAUUUUCUAGGUUACGGGAGCAUCACAUAGUGAUUAACCCGACCAAGUGCGUGUUUGGUGAAGCCGAAGUGAAAUAUUUAGGACAUACGAUUUCCGGGAGUGGAACCAAACCACUUGAGACGUCGGUCAGUGCAAUCCGCGAAUUCCCCAAACCAAAGACAGUUCAAGAUCUGCGACGGUUCCUUGGCAUGAUCAACUUCUACCGACGUUUCAUUCCCCACGCAGCCCAGACCCAAACACCACUUCACCAAUAUCUGAACAACGCGCGGAAGAAUGACAAAACAAUAGUCGAGUGGACAGAAGAAGCUGAAGCCGCUUUUGAAACGUGCAAGACAGAGUUAGCCAACGCCGCGCUUCUGGCACAUCCCGCCGAAAAUCUGCCGCUCAGAAUUAUCACCGAUGCUUCUGAUUACGCAAUCGGGGGCGUACUAGAGCAGCACUCCAAUGGGACCUGGCAACCUUUAGGUUUCUUCUCCAGAAAACUUAGCAAGGAGCAGCGCAACUACAGCGCAUACGACCGUGAGCUGCUUGCAGUUUACGAAACCAUAAAAUUCUUCAGGCACAUGGUGGAAGGCAGAGACUUUUGCAUACUCACCGACCACAAACCCCUCAUCUACGCGUUUCAGCAGAAAGCAGGCAAAGCAUCCCCAAGACAAGUCAGGCAGCUAGAUUUCAUCGGCCAGUUUUCCACCAACAUUAUCCACAUUUCAGGAGAACAAAACACAGUUGCAGACACACUUUCAAGGGUCAAUGAAAUCACAACUCCUACGUUCAUUGACACCGACGACUUAGCCAAGGAACAAGAAAAAGACGCCGAACUAAAAGCACUUUUAAACUCUGAUACAACAAGCCUGCGGUUAGAAAAACUCACCCCACAGGCCGGCCAGAAAGCUAUCUGGUGUGACACGUCAACGGGGGUGGUUAGACCAUACGUUCCACAAGAUUCGAGAAAAGUAAUUUUUGAAGGAUUUCACAACCUCUCACACCCCAGCGGCCGAGCGACCAGUAAGCUCAUCAAGAAGCGAUUUGUGUGGCCAUUUAUGGAGAGUCACAUAAUGAAGUGGGCACGAAGCUGCAUCCCUUGCCAGCGAUCCAAAGUUGGCCGACACACCAAAGCCCCAUUACAGCAUUUCGAUGACGUCACAGAACGGUUCCAACAUGUGCACAUCGAUAUAGUAGGUCCGCUACCUCCCUCUCAAAGCUACAGGUAUUGCCUCACUAUGUCUGACCGUUUCACCAGGUGGCCAGAGAUCGCACCCAUGACCGACAUGACCGCAGAGACAGUCGCCAAGACAUUCUACGAAACAUGGAUUUCAAGAUUCGGUUGCCCAAGACAAAUUACAACCGACCAAGGGCGACAAUUUGAAGCAUCCACCAUGAAUGCCUUGGCGAAAAUUUUGGGCAUUCAGCGCUCUCGGACGACGCCAUAUAGGCCCCAGAGCAACGGCCUUAUCGAGAGAUGGCAUCGAACCAUGAAGGCAGCCAUCAUGUGCCAUGAAGCAGAAAGUUGGCUAGACGUUCUACCUACAGUAUUAUUAGGGUUACGUACAGCCAUCAAAGAAGACAUCGGCCACUCACCAGCAGAGCUGACCUACGGAACGCAACUGAAAGUCCCAGGCGAAUUCUUUUUCAGCAAUAUCGACAGAUCCGUAGAACCCACUACCUUUGUAGAAAAACUACGGGACCACAUGAGGAAACUUCGCCCAACUCCAGCGUCGCACCACAUUAGGCAAAGCACCUUCGUCCACACAGAGCUCAGUAAAUGUAGCCAUGUUUUCCUAAGAGACGACACCGUGCGAAGACCGCUCCAACAGCCCUACACCGGUCCACACCUUGUUCUGUCUCGUACUGCUAAGACAAUAAAGGUCAAUGUAGGCGGUAGGGAAACAACAGUGAAUAUCGACAGAGUAAAACCCGCUUUUAUUCUCCAAGAACCAGAACCACCACCGGCUCCAUCCCCACCUGGCGCCGACGCAGAGACCAACUGGGGACACAAGGAGGCGCGAGUACGGCAAGUACUCUCUUCUGCCGCCGACAUCGAAACGAAGAAGAUGGGUACCGUCUCCUGUUCCACGUACAGAGGUACCAUCGGAAUAAAAGGUAAAAUUCCCGAUAGGCCACCACCUGUGGAGCCGUGUGAUCAACAACAACUGAUGAAAAUUUAUAAAAGUGGACGACGGAUCGGAACUUACAGCACAGUAGACAAUCUAGGGCAAGGGCAGGCAGACGAAAAAAUUUGUUUUCAUGUCGGGAACGAAACCAUUGUUAUAAAGACACGUAGUCAAAGACGUAAGGUAGAAGAAGCGCAGCACCGGAAUUUUAUUCCUAAGUGCCGAAGCAAUGAAGCGUUUGAGACAGUUGAAGAAAAUCCGGUGCAAAAAUCAGAAAUUUUGGACAUGAGAAAGCGAGAAAAAAAAUCCACGAAGGAAGAAGAAGACAAGGAGGGAAGUGGUGCAGAGAGCGAAAAGAACAAGGGAGAAAGUAGGGCAAAGAGCAAGGAGGACAAGGAAGAAAGCGACACAGAGACCGGAGAAGCCUGA